AUGGCAAUGGCAAUGGCAUCUGGAUCGCUUUUACUAGGCCUUCUGGCACAGCAGGCUGCUGGACAGCUGCUUGUUCCUCAGUCUCCGCCUGCAGGUGCCAGUGAGCCCGUGCCGAAGGGCGUCUCGUCGUUUUCAAUUGAGUUCUCAUCGGCUAUCGACUAUCUCGGAAACGCAACGCAUCCUAAUGAGUAUUCACGAAACCUGCUAUCCAAUCUGAAGAAUGCCGUCGGUGCAUUCCCGAAAAUCCGGAUUGGGGGAACUACACAGGACCGCACAUUCUACAACCCAAACCAAAAUGAAGCCAUGAACCUAACCUACGAGACCCCCACCGAUGACCAACCCAUCAAAGUAACCUACGGCCCUGAUUUCUUUUCCUCCUACCACGCCAUCCCGGGCCUCGAGUUCUCUCACUCAUUGAACCUCGCAUACAACGGCUCCGACCAAUCUACCCAACUGUCCUCCGCCGCAGCAGCUGCCUGCAAGCACAUGGGCUCGACUCUUCGUCUUUCGGAGCUGGGCAACGAGCCGGACUUCUACUCGGGAUAUCCGAGUUACACUCGUCCGCCGAACUGGACUAUGGCGGAGUAUAUCCGGGAGUGGAAUUGGAAGUCUGGGGUUGUGGCCAAGGCCAUGAAGGAGGAGUGCCCGGGGAUUAAUGUGGGGUUUGCUGCACCGAGCUUGAUCUGGAGUAAUUGGUCUGGUAGGGCGCCGUGGGACCCGCAGGAUGUAUUUAGAAAGGGGCUGGAUACGAGAUUUAUUCAUGAGAUUUCUAUGCAUAACUACAUGGACACAGACUACGAAGAGCGUUACGGACUCACAGACCUGUCGAUACAAAGUCUCCUCAUGAACCACACUGGUGUUGUUGGCUCCGUAGCCGUCCACAUAGACGCUGCCCAGAAACUCUCCUACCUCGGACUCCCAUACACCCUAAACGAAGUGAACGGCAUGGCCCUCCAAGGAGGCGCCUGGACCUGGAGCAUGGGCAGCGCACUUUGGGUGGUCGACUUUGCCCUCUGGUCUGCGACGAACGUAAAACAUCAAACGCAUCAACUUUCACCAAGGCAACCCGUUUGCGUCGACGGCGCAAAGCCAAGCACCCGUCCACCAUACUACGGCCAGAUGAUGGUUGCUCAUGCUCUUGGCAACAGCAACUCCACCCGCCUCACAAACAUCCCGCUCCCCAGUGACACGGAGUCCGCAUACGCAGUCUACCACGACAACGCUCUUUCGCGUCUCGUGACCCUCAACCUGGAAGCAUGGUACGCCAACUCUACCACCCCACGCCCGAGCAAGGAAUACACGUUCCGCGUUCCGAGUCGCUACACCACAGCCAAUGUCCUGCGGUUCAUGGGACCUGGGGCAGAUGCGCGCUCGAACCUGACAUUCGGAGGCGUGUCUUAUGAUUUUGAGCUUGGUGGUGGUAAGCCGGUGACUGUUGAUGUGAUGGGGUUGAAGGAGAGGGUUAGUGUCAAUGAUGGGCUGGUUAAGGUUGAUGUGCCGGCUUCUUCGGGGGUUGUUUUGAUUUUGGGGUAA